AUGAGAGUGAAGGUGGGCAAUACUGUGGCGGGCCUUGAGGGCCAGAAACUUACAGGGGAUUGGCGAUUCCCCGCCUUGAAGGGCGCGGCACCUUUCCAGGGGGAAGAAACUCCACUGGAGAAGUGCGGGGCCGGGGAGCCUCUGAGUCCGAGGACGCCGGUAAGAAAGGAGGUCCCGGUGUGGAUCGCGAGGGAGCGGGGCGGCCAGUGCGGCAGCGGUGGCCUCGGGCUCACCAGCGGGAAGCAAGCGGAGGGCGCGCACAGGGCUCAGGAUGUUGGACCCGAAGGGGCACGCGCUGCAACACCUUGGAAAGGGGGCGCGGACCGGCAGGCAGAAAAGGAGCGGAAAGAGAAAGAGGCCGCAAGGAGGAAACGGUGCUGGCGCACUGGGCGCCAGGGGGCCAGGAGGUGCUUCCGGCUGCGGCGCACGGGCCGCCCCUCUCCGGAGCCGAGCCUGGCCGCGCGCCGAGGGGCGGGGGCGGCAGGGCCCGGGGCGCUGACCUCGAGAGCCGAAGAGUCUGCGCCCGGUCGGCUGCGCCGCGCGGGCGGCCCCGGGCCUCGCCUCCUGCCGCCUCGGGUUACGCGGCGGCCAUCAGCGCGCACCUCAUUAAUAAGGCCUGACAGGCCGCCGGCUCCGCGGCCAUCCAUCACGCUGCCGGCGCGGGGCUGCGCGGGGCGCCGAGCCGAGGGGAGGGGACGCUGCGCGGGGGCGGGCGGCGCGCGGGGCGCUGGAGCCGCGGUUGUGCGAGAGCGCGCGCGCGCACGCAGGAGGCAGGAGCCGCCCUCCUCCUGCGCCCGCGCCUUCGCUUAG